AUGCAUCUCCUCCCCCUCCUCGCCCUUGCUCCCACCAUCCUCGCCGCGCCAUCCCAAUCCCUCGACUUCAGCAAACACGGCAUCACCCCCCGCGCCGCCAAUACCUCCCUCACAGGCUACCUAGGCGCCUUCUUCCUCGGCGACGCCCCAUCCGUCUACCUCUACCUCUCCACCGGCAACAACCCCCUAUCCCUAACCCCCCUCAACAACGCCGCCGCAAUCCUAAACGCCACGCUCGGCACAAAAGGCGUCCGCGACCCCUCCCUAAUCUCCAACGGCACCCAAACCAACUACAUAAUCGGCACCGACCUCGAUAUCUCAAAAACCACCUGGGACGCCUCCCAGCGCACCGGCUCGCGCUCCAUCUUCAUCUGGCAAAGCGCCGACCUCGCCACCUGGACAAACGAGCGCCUCAUCGAGGUCGAAGACCCAUCAGCAGGCAUGGUCUGGGCUCCCAGCGCGAUCUGGGACCCCGCACAAUCCGCCUACCUCGUCCACUGGGCUAGCAAGUUCUAUAACACCAACGAUCCGCAACACACGGGUACUCCGUCGGCGAUCCGCAUCCGCUACGCGUAUACAACGGACUUUAUAGCUUUCACCGCGCCGCAGGAUUAUAUCGAUUACUCGCCUACUAAUAUCAUCGAUCUGGAGUUCUUGUCCCUGGGUAACGGAUCGUAUGCGCGCUUCAUGAAGGAUGAAUCGGCGAAGACGGUCUUCAUGGAGAUCUCUACGACGGGCUUGUUCGGCACGUGGACGCGCCCUGGUGGCCCGAAUGCGACGAUACAUGCUGGUGUUGAGGGGCCCGCGCCGUACUGGGAUAAUGAGGUGGAGGGGAAGGCGCAUUUGCUGCUGGAUUUCUACGGGGGGGAUGGGUAUGCGCCGUUUGAGAGUGUGGAUGUGGAGAGUGGUGUUUGGACGGCGAGUGAUACGGCGGCGUGGCCGAAGCUGUUGAGACAUGGGAGUGUACUGCCGGUUACUGAUGCGCAGGUUGAGGCUGUGAGGGCGCGGUGGGGGUGA